AAAUAAUACGCUAUACAAUCCGUCAUGGCGGAAUUAACAUAUGUAUCCGCACACGUGUAGCUUGCCCGGUUCGUGUUGUUACAGUCGACAAUUCUGAUAAUGUGACAGGGAGCCCCAGCCGAGCAAUUCUUUUGACGUCAGUCAGUUUUGCGAUCCGAAAAUGAGCACGAUCCUGGAAAAGAUCGCCUCGAUCGAGGCCGAGAUGGCCCGCACCCAGAAGAACAAGGCGACUUCUGGGCAUCUGGGUUUACUGAAGGCAAAACUGGCCAAGCUCAGACGCGAGUUGAUCACCCCAAAGGGUGGCGGUGGAGGUGGCGAGCAAGGUUUCGAGGUCGCCAAGACCGGUGACGCUCGUAUUGGUUUCGUCGGUUUUCCUUCUGUGGGAAAAUCUACCCUGUUGAGUACACUUGCUGGUGUAUAUUCUGAAGUAGCUGAGUAUGAGUUUACCACACUCACGACUGUCCCUGGUUGUAUUAAAUAUAAAGGUGCAAAAAUACAGCUGUUAGAUCUUCCAGGUAUUAUAGAGGGCGCAAAGGAUGGCAAGGGGCGUGGACGACAAGUUAUUGCUGUAGCGCGAACGUGCAGCUUAAUCUUCAUUGUCCUGGAUGUACUCAAACCACUCGGACACAAACGGCUGAUUGAGCACGAGUUAGAAGGGUUUGGCUUGCGAUUGAAUAAACAGCCACCAAACAUAACUUUCAAAAAGAAAGACAAGGGUGGUAUCAAUUUGCAAACAAUGUGUCCGCAAUCUGAACUGGAUUUUGACACAGUAAAAAUGAUUUUAUCAGAAUAUAAAAUCAGUAACGCGGACAUCACACUGAGGUAUGAUGCCACCUCGGAUGAUUUGAUCGAUGUUAUAGAAGGGAAUCGCGUUUAUAUCCCUUGCAUUUACCUCUUGAAUAAAAUAGAUCAAAUAAGCAUAGAAGAACUAGAUAUUAUUUAUAAAAUACCACACUGCGUGCCGAUCUCAGCCCAUCACAAAUGGAACUUCGACGAUUUGCUGGAAAAAAUGUGGGAUUAUUUACAACUUGUUAGAAUUUACACGAAGCCCAAGGGACAACUCCCAGACUAUAAUGCACCUGUAGUAUUAAAUACUGAAAAGCGAACUGUUGAAGAUUUUUGUAACAAGCUUCAUAGAUCGAUUGCGAAAGAAUUUAAAUACGCUUUAGUAUGGGGCUCAUCGGUGAAACACCAACCCCAGAAAGUAGGAAAGGAUCAUCUUCUUUGUGACGAAGAUGUUGUUCAAAUUGUAAAAAAAGUGUGAUGUUUUUCUUACAGUUAUUUUUUGCGAGCAUAAAUUAAUGAGAUUAAUGAUACCAGAUUUGUGUAAAGAGAUCACAUUUUAAUUAUAGAUAUAUACAUAAGCAUAAUGUAUGUUUAAAAUGCUAUUAUAUUUCAUCGAUGAGAAGACACAAAUGCAGCAUGAAUGAUAAAAAUUGUGGUUAAUCUUUCCAACAGUGUAAAUGUAUUUGGUUUUAUAUAUGAAAUUGUAUAUAAAAUAAUCUCGAAAUCUA